CCGCACCGAGCCGCUCACCGAGAGGAUUUACCGAAACUUUCCCGCUCUGAAGACGUUUGUGUUUCUGUGCUCACUAUGAAGGAGAGAAGACUCACGCAGCCCUGUGUAGCGAGGUGUAAGCUGGUGCUGGUCGGGGACGUCCAAUGCGGUAAAACAGCGAUGCUACAAGUCCUGGUGAAGGACUGCUAUCCAGAGACUUACGUCCCGACUGUGUUUGAGAACUACACAGCCUGUCUGGAGCUUGAAGACCAGCGUGUGGAGCUCAGCCUCUGGGACACGUCAGGUUCUCCAUACUACGACAACGUCAGGCCGCUCUGCUACAGCGACUCGGAUGCAGUGCUGUUAUGCUUCGACAUCAGCCGACCAGACACAGUAGACGGAGCUCUGAAGAAAUGGAAAGCAGAAAUCCAGGACUUCUGCCCCAGCACUCGAAUCCUGCUAAUAGGCUGCAAGACAGACCUGCGCACAGACGUAUGCACGCGCAUGGAGCUGUCCAAUCAGAAGCAGGCUCCGAUCUCCCAUGAACAGGGUUCGUCCUUGGCCAAGCAGCUCGGAGCGGAGGCCUACCUGGAGUGUUCAGCCUUCACGUCAGAGAAGAGCAUCCACAGCGUUUUCCGUACUGCGGCUCAGGCCUGCAUGAACAAACUCCAGCCUGCCAACAAACCCAGCCCAGUGCGCCGCCUCUCCAAGAGACUCCUACACCUGCCCAGCAAGACGGAGCUCCUCUCCUCCACCUUCAGCAAGGACAAGUCCAAGAGCUGCUCCAUCAUGUGAACACUGCUGAGACCACGCUGCAAAAAAAAAAAGAAAAAGAAAGGACAAGUGAACUAUACUGUAGCUGGUUGUGGGGUGUGCAAGGGAAAGAGAGCAACGAUGUGGAUUUCUGCAAAGCCUCUCUCUCUCCUUUGCAGCAUCCUCCCCAAAUUCCAAAAAGAUCAGUACACUCUCUAUAUUCAACUCUGACGCUCGAGUUUUCAUUCUGACUCGUCACCAGCACGCGAUUUCUGCAGAGAGAAAUUGUUUGAUGUUCAGUUAAAUCAUUUUUUUUACAAGCAGAGCGUAACAGGCACUUUAAGGUGCAGACCCACGUAAAGGUUGCAGUGAGUCAGCUUAAAUAAGGUCAGUACCUUCGCUUUCCCAUGGAGGAAGUGGUUGUAAACACUGCAUCUGGCUGCAUUAAACUGAUGAGACCCAUUUGAAAUUCUGAUAGCAGUGCCCUUUCCCAUCCAUCUCUUUUGUCUGAAUGUCUGUUUAAGGUCACGCCGUGGGCUGAGUGACGGGAUGAAAUGUAAAAUCUGACAGUGACAGGAACUGGUAUCUACAGAAAUGCGGCUCGGGGAAUUUAAAACGGCGUUCCUUGAAGAAAAUUAUUCCCUGGCUGACCCCUCGCAGUCGUUCGUUCGGAAAUUAAAGCUGACAGUGGAGAAAAGGUGGCGGGAAGGGAGGGAUUUGGCAAACAGCGUUCAUUUGCAAAGUCAGUGGGAGGACACAACGAGAGCACAUCUGAAGGAGCGCAAUGUGACUCAGCACUCACGUGAGCUACAAAAAGGGGGGGACGUGCUGUUAAUAACAAACAAAAAAAAAUAACUGGGCCAUGUAAAGACUGUCUGAACAUGUCUUUGUGAAAUUCCCUCCCAUUAGCCAUCACCUUGGCAGUUUUAUUUGUUCAGCGUUACUAACAAUAACCCUUGAUUUUAGUGGUGUUACACUGAUGAAUCAUCUCUGUACUCUGCUAAAUGGAAAACAUUUUUUUUAUUUUUUAUCCUUG